GGUUAACCGUGAAUAUGGAACAUAAAAUUGUCAGUUGUUAUUUCUUAUUCUCCGUAAAGUCUGCUUGUUCGUUCCAGUUCCACUUCCUCUUUUUACGUGCAACGCAUUUCCGUUCUCAAUAAAUUAUUAAACCGUAAAUUUGCUAUUCCGCUAUUCUACCUACACAGUUUGUGAAAUUUCUUUUCACAGUUGAAUUUCUGUUUUUGUGAAUUUCUGAACUUACAUUUACGUUUGACAGAAUUUAAUUUCAUUUAAAUUAUCAUGGAGUUCCAGUUUGAUUUCAGUCAGAUCACCCACGAUCAGAUUAUCAAAAUCGACAACACGCUUUUACCCAUCGGUUACCAAAGAGAUGAUCCCGAGUAAGUUAUCUAUUUUUUUUCAUUUUCUUAGUAAUUUGUUUUCAUAAUUCAUUUUAUACUUUUGUAUAAAUCUACAUAUUGGUUUGUAAUUAUUCUGUAUACCCACUCUCUCUAGUCUUGCCUAUUCUAUUUUUCUGUACCUAAAUAGGGCAAUACACAAUUGUGUGGGUUUCAUAUUAUAGCCAUUAUGGUCAAAAGUACAGAACAACUAUGUAUAAUAAAUAAUACCUACUUGAAUAUUUAUAAUGAAGUUAAAUACAUUUACCUAAUUUAUCCUUUUAUACCUUAUAAGUAUGUAUUCAAAGUCAUAAUUAUAGGUACUUAAUACCUAUACAAGUAUACAUAAUAUUACAACAAGCAAGUUUUUAAAGUAUGUGAUUUCCCCAUUUCAAUAUAGGUACCACCUUUAUCAAUUAUUAUAAUAUUAAAUUAAAUACUUUAACAGAAUAAUUAUUAAGAUUAAUAUUUAUUAGGUAUACAGUAUACAACUUAAUAAAUUUACUGUGCAAAACAUUUUUUUUUCAUUUACUUAGGUAUUACAGAUCUCAUUUUGUUAGCUAUAAAAAAUUAUUUUUAUGCCAUUUAAAACAGACUGAUAACAUACAAUAGCUUUUUUUCAAAUAAAUUCAUAAGCUUAAAUAGUUCUACCCAUAUAAUAAAUAUUACUUAAUAUUUAUAAUAGAUAGGUAAUAAUAAUAAUGAUAAUUAAAGAAACCAUAAAACACCAUUUGGUCUUUCAUGAAACAUUUGUUAUAACUUGCUAAUCAAGAACAUAAAUGUCAAGAAUUUAUUUCUGGAAGUAGUUUCAUAUUAAUUAAUUUUAAAACUAUUGGGUAUUAAUGUUUUUAUAUUAUUUAUAGGCGACCAUAUUAAAUAUCCUAAAAUAGGUAUGUUUAUUAUUUGUGUUCGUCGUAAUUGUAUAAUUUAUGUAAAUUAGUAUCUAGAUAUUAAAUGAUAUAUCUAUCAUUUUAUUUAAAAUUAAUUCUGAAUUAUUAUUUUUAAAAAAAAUGAAUAGUUUGUCUACGGUUUUUUUAAUGUUUAUUUGUGUUAUUCACUGUAUAUUUAUUUUUAUUGUGGACAUUUUAAAAAUUCCCAAACAGAAUACAAUUAAAAUUAUUGAUUAGCUUGUAAAAGUAGGUAUUUAAUAAAAAUAGGUUUUUUAAGUAACAAUUUUAAAUCAAUCUUGUUUGUAUGAUUAUAGGUUUAAUCAUAAAUAUAAUAGGUAAAUUGAACUAUUUUCUAACUAGUUUCUAAUUAAAUUUACCUUCUUAAUUUAAUUCAAAAGGAAAAAAUAACAUAUUUUAUAGUUCAUAGUUUUAUUAAAUUAUAAUUUCUCAUUACAGCUACACUUAUUGUAUAAUGUUUAACCUGGCAUAUCUACUUCAUCUUAAUUUUUCUUCGUGUAGGCUUUGGAAAUAACUUGUACUUUAUGAAAGUCUACAAAUAAAUAAAUGUAAUUUACUUUUUUAGAUUGCAAAUGAUGAUUUCUAAUAUUGUGGAUAAAAUGGGAGAGGCUUCGGGUAUUGCUCAAGAGCUCAAAUCUCCAAUUACUUCAGCAGAAAAAUUAAUGCGUUCAGAUCACAUACUCUACUUAAUGACAGAACAAAUUUCACAGGGGUAAUGAUGUAAAAACACAAAUACAUUUGUGAAUCAAUAUUAAUUGUUAUUUAAUUAAUUAAAUUAAUAUAUUAUAAUAUAAUCAUUAUAUUUCAUAUUUAAAUAUGUAUAUAAAUUUCAGGCAUUUUGUUGUGGUUGGUUUGUUAAAAAUGGGCUGGAAAAAGUUGUAUUUAUUUAAUAAAAAGGGAUCAAGAACCGAAGCAAUGGUUUACUGUCUACUAGAUUUUUAUGUACAUGAAACUAGACAACGCCAUGGUUAUGGCAUAAAACUAAUGGAAUAUAUGUUAAAAGUAUUAAAACCAUACUAAUAAAAUAACACUAUUUUUGUUUCUUACAUUUUGAACAUUAUUUUAGGAUAGUAAAAUUCAAGCAAGGCAAUUGGCUGUUGACCAGCCUACAAAUAAACUUUUGCAAUUUUUAUGGAAAUAUUUUAAUUUAUCCAAAUUAGUUAAUCAAGGAAACAACUUUGUAAUUUUUGAAGAAUUUUUUGAAAAUGAUGGUAACACAGUUUUUUUUUCUAAUUUUAUACAUAAUUAAUAAAUUUGUUUUUAUGUUUGUUUUAUAGACAACACUGGAAAAGACACUGGUAUUGAUCGGUUAGUGUAAAAUUGUUUAGUUAUAAUAAAUAAUAUCCGUAUGCUUUUAUUUAUAAUUAAAUGUAUAUUUUGUUUUAUAGUUCAAGCGGGUAUAAAAGUCAAGCAACAUUUGGACGUCAUGGCGCUGCUAGACAACAAGAUUGCAUGGCUAAUGUAAUUACAUUUAUUAUUUAUUCACAAUAAUCUAUUCUAAUUUAAUUUAUUUUUCCUAUGUUACAUUAUAUUUUGUAGAUACUAUAUGGUGAAAAAGCAACAGAAAACCAAUUUGGAAAUGAAAAUAGGUAAAAAUUAUUUUGUUUUUAUUUAUAUCACUUAAUAAUUACAAUAAUAUUAAAUAAUAUUUAUUUGUUUCAAUUAAUUUUAGAGUCGAACAUCAUGAAAAAGAAAAUGCACAGCAUAAGAAUGAACAACACCACCAUGUUUCAGAUGAAAGCAAUGGGCAUCAAUCAAGCCAUGCGCAUCCAAAAUUAGAUCUCAAGAAUUUCCACACUCAGUUAUGGUAAUCUGUUUUUAUUUCACCUAUUUUAACGGGUGGUAGCUAUUUAUUUGUAAGAAAUGAUGUAUACCAGUAUUGUAUGUACUGUUGUUAAUUUAUACUAAUCCUAAAUAUAAGUAUAACACUAAAGCAGUACUAAAAAAAAAAAAAAAAUGUAAUAACAAUUCACAAUUCAUUCCUACUUGAAACAUUAUAAAAUAAAUUGCACUAUAAUCAUAUAUUGUAAAAUUUUAAUGGUCUUUAGUUAUAAUGGUAACUAAUAUAAAUUAUUGCAUAUUAUAAUUACACUAUUAACACGUUAAAUAUGGACAUUUUUCAUAAAAAAAAAAAAAAUUGUUUCUCUAACUAAUAUCAUAAACUUAUAAUGAUGUUCAAAUCAGAGUUUUAAAAAUGUGUUUCACUUUUGAAGGCUGAAUAUGUAUUUUAUUGUAAAAUGCUUUUGUAUUAAAUAAUGAAUUAGGGCUCUUUGUUAUUUUGUACUCGUGAACUUACUUCAACAGAAUAUAUUUUUAAAAAUCAACUAUUAAUCACAAUAUUCAGGUACUAUUAAUAUUGUAAUAAAACUUUUUUUUGCAAUAUUACAAUUUAAUAGAAUCUAUUGUACCUUAUACACUAAUGUUCCUAAACAAUGAUUUUUUUUUUUUAACAACAAUCGUAUAUAUAUUUUUUUUAUAAACAUAAUAAAUAGUGACUAAGAUAUUGAAUUUAUUGCUUGUACAUUAAAUACAAAUUAAUAAAUUUAAAUGUGUAACAUAUAUUAUGUGUAUUGAUCAAGAACAAACUUAAUAUUUUAAGAUGAGUAAUAUUUAUAUAAUCAGUAUUUUAGGGUAACAUGACAUAAUAAAAACCAAUUCACUCUAUUCAAAAUAACUGUCCUUAAUUAUUUAAUUUAUAAUAUUGCAGUAUUCAAAAUUACUAUUACUAUUAUAAAAAUGUAGUAUUUUAUUAAAUUAUUCUAUAUUUUGUUAGCAAAAUAUUGUAUAUUAAAAAUUGAAUUAUGAAAAAUUAUUCAAGUAUUAAAAUUAAUGUUAUUACUCACCCAUAAUUUAUCAAUAAUACAUACCAUUUAGCUUGUGUUUUUAUCUAAAGUUUAUGUUGCUGUGGGCUUGUAUCAUUUUCAUUUGCUUUUUCCCCGAAUGUGAACGGGUCUAAUUCAAACUAAUAUAUUAUAAGUAAACCAAUAUAUAUAUUUAUAUGUAUAUCUAAAUACUAUAAGCAGAAUAAUAUUAUUGUAGAACAAAAUAUGAGUGUAGCACAGAUUAAUAUUAUUGUAGAACAGAAUUUGAGUGUAGCACAGAUGAAUUGAAUAAGUGGAGCUACUAAAGAGGAUAAAUAAGUAAUGGGUGUUGUUUCAAUAGUUUAUAAGAUAAAAGAGUACACAUUGAGGGGGUUUUGAUAUAUAAUUAUUCUUAUUAUUUUGUAUGAGCACAAUUAUAAAGUAACACAUUAGUAUAUAUUAUAUAUUAAUAUUCAAUGAAUUUAAUAAGUAAAUAAACUAAAAAAUGUUUACAGGUGUGACAGAACUAUUUAACAAAUAAAUAUUUUUUAGUUAAAUUUUAUUGUUUAGGAAUUUAAAUUUCAUCAUACUAUUUUGUAAAUUCAAAAGUUUUAAACUUAAAAAAUUAAAUUUUUAGUUUUUAAGUACUAAAAUUAAUAAAAAAAUUAUUUUACAUAGCUCUCGUAUUCAUUACAAAAAAAAAAAACCCUUAUGGAUAUAUUUCGCACAAUGGUUGAGCUACUAUUAUAGGUGAGAAGUUUGCAAAGUUAAAAUUUAUUUGAAUGUAUGUAAAGAUUAAUCAGUUCUAACAAAAAACGAUUCUGAGUAGAGUUCAAUUAUACAUGUUUGGAAAGGCUAUAACACUCUGUAUAUUUUCCCAAUUAUGAAAACUAGAGAAAAUUAAAAAAAUUACCUCCGUUAAAGUACCACCCUAAUCAAAUUUCCUUUUAGAAAAAGUGCUAUACUUGAAAAUCUAAAUAAAAUUUGUAAUGGAAAAGUUAUUCAUAGAUAAAAAAAAAAUAAACAUUAAAACCAAUACAUUCUUUGCUCUGUUCAGAAAAAGUUAUUACAUUUAUUAAAUAGUUUUGUUAUACCUAUAUAUAUAUACAGGUUUGUAUACAUAUAAGUGCACCAGGUAAACUACCUUAUUUUAAAUUUGAAUAACACAAACAGUAUAGGAGGUAUAAGUUUUAAUUCUUUUUCCGUGUUAAGAAAAACAAAUUUUAAUUUAUGAUAAUGAAACCACAUAGGGGUAAAUCAGGCUAGUAUACUUUGCACCAGUCAUAUAUUCUACACAUCACAGAUUAGUCUUAAGCUGCCCAGAUAUAAAGGAAUUGAUUUCUUAUCAGGAACACGACCUGUGGGUGUAUUUAAGGAUUCCUAAAUGCAUGUUAUGUGAUGAUUGGCUUUUAAAAGGUAUGCCUUAGAACUUUAAAUGUGAAUAUAUACCACUCCUCGUCCAAUGCAUUAUUGUUACUGAACCCACCCUUCUUAGAACAACUCACUAGAAGACUAGUGUUUCACACCUUGUAUAAAAGUUAUCAACUAGUAGUGAGUUACAAUUUGAUAUCUAAUUCUAUCAGCCAUGACCCUACUGUAAUAAAGACAUGAAGAGAUGUGUUAAGAAUCUGUGAAAUAGUUAUAUGAAUAAAUAUGGAUGGAUUAAGUGUAAGCAGAAAACUCAUAAUCAAGGUAGCUUACAUGGAUAGCUAUUAAUAAAUAUAAAUAUGUGAAAAUGCAUUGUUAUUUUGAUUAUAAUUUAGUUUAAUUUAAUUAACAUAUUAAAACAGGUAUAUUUUUUUACAGAUUGAAUCCUUGAUAAAUCUGUCCACAAAAGUUAUAUUAAUUCACAAGUAUUGAACUAUAACAAAAUACAUAAUUUAUUAUUAUUUUAUUUUAAACCCAUUAUUUUUUUAAUAUGUUAUUAUAAAUUCAAAAACAUUUAAACAGUCUUUUUAUAAAUUAAUUUAAAAAAUAUAUAUAAAUAAUUAUUAAAUUCAUACAUGAUACUCUCCACCUUCUACUUUUUCAUCAGAUAUAUAUGAAACAAUAUUCUCAGCUGUACUUUCGUCAAUCCAAAUUACACUCGUUCCCAAUGUCACCAAAUAUCCUAAUAUGCUUCCGGCAAUGACAUCUAACAAAUGAUGCCGUCUUAAAAAUAUUCUACUAAAAGCUACAGCUAUUGCCCAGAUACUUAGAAUGAGGAUCAUAAAUUCAUUUAAUGGAUAUAAUUUAAAAAAGUAAAACACAAUGAAAAAUGCUCGCGACACAUGUCCAGAUGGAAACGAGUAUACAUCAGGACCAACUGUAAUCCAUUGAUCAUUCUUAUUACCUACUGGUCGACGACGACGAACAAAUGCUUUUAUAAUUGCAACUGCAAAUAUAUCAAUGAGUAAUCCUA